AUGGCAGACGGAAGACGGCUCCAACAAACGAUCGUGAACAAGGCCAUCAGCCAGUGUGGGAAGGCAUCUGAGUGGCAGCUCGCCCUUGAACUCUUUAGAGGCAUGCCAGAUGCCAGUUCAGUGGCGGACGUGAUAAGUUACAGCGCAAGCAUCAGUGCUUGUGCCAGAGGUGAGCAGUGGACCUCUGCCUUGCAGCUCCUCGAAGAUAUGCACCAGGAACGGGUUGAGGCCAACUUGAUCACGUACAAUGCCGCGAUCAGUGCCUGCGAGCGUGGUGGACAGUGGCUGCUUGCGCUUGAACUGCUGUCCAAAAUGCCGGUUGGGCGACUCGCUGCUGAUGUCAUCAGCUAUGGUAGCUGCAUCAGUGCCUGCGGACAUGAAGGGCAGUGGCCAGUGGCACUGCAGCUUCUGUCGGAGAUGCCGGCGAGGAAGAUCAAUCCAAAUGUCAUCACCUGCAGUGCUUGCAUCAGUGCCUGUGAGAAGCACGGCCGUUGGCAAGAAGUAUUGAAAGUGCUGUCGAAGAUGCGCGUGGUCACAGUUAGAGCCAACACCAUUACUUUGAAUUCGGCGAUCAGCGUGUGUGAAAAAGCCGGUCAGUGGUCCAGAGCUCUAGAGCUAUUGUCGGAGAUGCCCAGAGCCAAGCUGUCCAGGGACACGAUUAGCUUCAAUGCAAGCAUCAGUGCCUGUGCUACCGCUUCGGAGUGGAGAAUAGCGCUUGAGCUUCUUUUGGUGGGGAUGCCUGCCGCCAGCGUGGCAUCGAACGUCAUCAGCUAUAACGCUGCCAUCACAGCAUGCGAUCGAGCUGGGGCGUGGCAGAUGGCGAUGCAGCUUUUUACUGAGAUGCCCAUGAUGCACGUCCGACCGGAUGCCGUCAGCUUCAAUUCUGUCCUAAGUGCAUGCGAGGCAGGAGGAUGCUGGCACCUAGCUCUGGCUCUUCUCGGCGACAUGCCCUUUGUUGCGAUCGAAGCGGAUACGAUUAGCUACAACUCCUGCAUUCUUACCUGUGCCAGAUCUGGGCAGUGGGAGUGGGGUCUUCAUCUGCUUCUCCAGAUGUCGGAUGUCGGGUUGGGUGCUGAUGUUAUCAGCUACACCACAGCGAUGAGUGGCUGUGAUGCUGCGAGUGGCUGGGAGACGGCUCUUCGACUGUUCCAGCUUAUGUUGGCAGCGAGGGUUGAAGCCAAUGUGUUCAGUUUCAACACCUGCAUCUCUUUAUGUGCGACAGCUGGUCAGUGGUCUUUGGCCAUCCAGCUAUUAUCUGAGAUGGCUUCAGGGAGCAUUCAGGCAGAUGAGCUCAGUUUCAACGCGGCAAUCAAUGCUUCCGAGAAAGGCGCACGAUGGGAGCUUGCACUGCUUGUGCUGUCGCAGAUGGCGGCAUCCGACAUCGCCCCGGAUGCUGUCAGCUUCAAUGCAUGCAUCAGCUUUUGUGCGAGAGCCGGGCGAUGGCCACUUUCACUCUAUCUACUCACAGAGAUGCCUUCCCUCGCCAUCCAGGCGGAUGCCUUCAGCUUCAGCGCAGGCCUGAAUGCUUGCGCAGGGGCGGGGCAGUGGAGCUACAAUGCCGCUAUCAGCGCUUGCGAGCUUGGUGGAUAUUGGGAGCUGGCUUUGCAAUUGCUGGCGGAGGCGAAGCAUCAGGCGGAGCAGUGGAGAUGGGUUCUGAAGCUCUUGCAGCAGAUGGAGUCGGUACAUGUGCAGGCAGACGUCAUCAGUUACUCUGCCGGCGUCCGGGCUUGUGAUCAAGGCGGAUGCUGGCAACUUCUUGUUCGUUUUCUGGCAGAGCUCCAAGCAGCUUCAGGUGGCAAUGAAGAUCUCGCCGCCUUUCUCCUGCGAUGGCAAGAGGAUGGUGUCGCACCUAUGGUGGAGAUUGCCGCAGCAAAGAAAUGGCGACAAACAAAAGUGCAUGCAGGGUUCGUGGUUUCAAAGUUCUGUGUUCAUGGCACGAUAUUCCUGUGUCUAGCCGCGCUUCGUUGUGUCGGCAUUGGUUCAGGUGUAGGCAGGAUUGUUGACUCAUGUUGGAGGCAGCCUGAGUUCUUCGGCUGGGCAUCGAGCCAGCAAUACCGAUUGUGUUGUACAAUCCUGAAACACAGUCGCACAGUCGUGACUUUAAGAGCGAGUCAAUCAUUCUAA